UUUAACCAUAUCCUUCGCAUAGCAUCUUUAACUUUAAUGGGUUUUCAUUAAAACUAUAUUAUGUUUCUGGAAGUCGAACUUGGGUCUGAUCCUUGCCCAAUAACUAAAUGAAUACACUAAUCGAUAAUGCCCUUCUUAAAGAAGUUUCUUUGCUUUAGCUUGCGUGACGGAUGCCUUUAUUUGUGCUAUGCGAAUCUCUUAACACAACUCGUUGAUGUACUAUGGAUUGUUUAUACAAACUACGAUUUCUGCCAACGCAUUUAUGUCAUUUGGUUUUUCUCCACCUUAUGGCAUGUCAUUUCCGAACUAAUACUGAUGUAUGCCAUAUUCGGGCAAAAUUCUCACUUGAUGCCGCUCCAUUUGGUGACCAACUUGCUUGGUUUGAUUCUCCAAAUGAUCAACCACAUGAUGAUUGCAGCUGUGGCCCAUAAGAAAUACGUAUGGAUUGGCUAUUCCCUUUAUGAAAUAACCCGCUUGAAGAGCUUGGAAGAGCUGGACUCGGACUGGUUGUGGGAGCCAUGCACCUGA